UGCCAUGGUCUAUGUCAACCUACAGUAAAUGUCUCUUCUUCGCCAAGCUCAAACCGUAGACAACCAAACUAAUCAAAAAAUCGUUCUGACAAAUUGGAGUUCGUUCGGUCGGUUGAUGGUUCAAAGCAAGCUAGAGUGGACAACCUAGUUUAGUAACGUUGCCUCGGAUAUCUGGGGGAUCAGGAAACCAGAUACAGUUUAAAGAACCGAGCCAAAGAAAGGGUUUCACCCCUUUUUUUGUUAGUUCUACGUUCUCUCUUGGUCCCUUGAAUCGAUUGGAACAUGAAGAAAAUGAUAGCUCUGGGUUUUGAGGGUUCAGCAAACAAGAUCGGUGUUGGGGUUGUAACUUUAGAUGGCAACAUUUUGUCAAACCCACGUCACACCUACAUUACACCUCCUGGACAUGGCUUCCUUCCUCGUGAAACUGCACAACACCAUCUCCACCACAUUCUUCCAUUGGUUAAGUCUGCUCUGGAAACUGCAAAAAUUACCCCAAAGGAUAUUGACUGCCUUUGUUACACCAAAGGGCCUGGCAUGGGAGCUCCUCUACAGGUUUCUGCUGUUGCUGUGAGGGUUCUUUCCCAGAUUUGGAAUAAGCCUAUUGUUGCUGUUAAUCACUGUGUUGCACAUAUUGAGAUGGGAAGGGUUGUAACUGGUGCAGAUGAUCCUGUUGUCUUGUAUGUUAGUGGUGGGAAUACUCAGGUGAUUGCUUAUAGUGAAGGAAGGUAUAGAAUCUUCGGGGAGACUAUUGAUAUUGCUGUUGGGAAUUGCUUGGACAGGUUUGCAAGAGUCCUAACCCUAUCCAACGAUCCAAGUCCUGGAUACAAUAUUGAACAGCUUGCAAAGAAAGGAAAACUUUUUAUUGAACUUCCAUAUGUUGUCAAAGGGAUGGAUGUAUCAUUCAGUGGGAUAUUGAGCUAUAUCGAAUCAACUGCUGAGGAGAAGCUAAAAAGUAAUGAGUGUACUCCUGCUGACUUGUGCUACUCUCUGCAGGAGACUUUGUUUGCUAUGCUUGUGGAAAUAACGGAAAGAGCCAUGGCUCACUGUGACAAGAAAGAUGUUCUUAUAGUCGGUGGUGUAGGUUGUAACGAGCGCUUGCAAGAGAUGAUGAGAAUAAUGUGCACUGAGAGAGGUGGAAGGUUAUUUGCAACUGAUGACCGUUAUUGUAUUGAUAAUGGGGCAAUGAUCGCAUAUACUGGUCUUCUUGCUUGGGCACAUGGUGUUUCAACACCAUUGGAGGAAGUAACAUUCACCCAACGGUUUCGAACUGAUGAAGUUCAUGCAAUCUGGAGAGAGAAGGCUUUGACUAAUGGAAAGGAGCUCAUGGAAGAAGAUGUCUAAGGCAUUUUUGUUCUCUUCAAAAGGUGAUACUUAGUAUUGCAACGAGAUGUUUUGUAAGCUUAGUGUAACUGGCAUAAUUCUAUUUGGAUUUUCCAUGAUGCCUGGAGUUUUAUAGAUAAGCAGCACCAAUAAAAAAUUUAGCCAAAUGGUCUUUAGGAUAUAACUUGUAAACGGUAUUGACAGGUCCAAUGUAAUUAGAAAUCCGCAAACGAGCGCCAACUCUGAAGGCAACUUAGGUCAGCAUUUGCAGUUCAUUCUUUCUGAUGUAUUCUUGAAAUACUCUUUUUUUGUUGUAAAAUUAUUAUUAUUAAUUUUUUUUUCGUUCAAAGAAGAUUGAAGUUUGAUGAUAA